GGCCAUCCUUCCCUUUGAUGACCGCACGCAGAAAGAGACAGUAUGUGAGGAUGGUAUCAGCCAUCAGGCGUGUUGGGUUGGGUUUUGGAGUGCUAUGUCAACAUUGGCUCCCGCUGCCACCGUGAAAGAGGCCAUCAGAACGCAUGCAACAGGAUAGAGAUGAAUCAUUUAAUUGGAAUUUGAUCUAUCAUCAUUCCCGACGUCAAAGCUUCGAUCCAAAACCCAUUUCUAGAAGCCAUCCUGGUGCAAAAACCCCCUUCCUUCUAUCCACCAGCAAGUGAAGGUCUUGGGGAGUAGAAGAGAGGAGCAAGGCAUGGGCAACGCAGUGUGCGCCAAGGACAAGAAGAAGAAGACGGCCAAGGUGAUGACGUUGGACGGCGCCGUCAUCCGGCUUAAGCCCCCGGCCGCAGCCGGCGACGUGCUCCGGGACCACCCGGGCCACUCCGUCCUGGAGGCCGACGAGGUCAAGCGGCUCGGCGUCCGCGCCACGCCGCUCGACUCCACCCAACCCCUCGAACCGGGGAAGCUCUACUUUCUGGCGGAGCUCCCCCGACCGCUGGACCGCCGCGGGCUGCGAAGAGCCUCCUCCGUCGUGGCCGCCGCGCGUGGCAGCGCCACCGACCGGCUGGAGAACCUGCGGCUCUCUCGGCCGCGGCGCUCCGCUUCGCUCGCCGUGGAGACGGCGGAGGGCGGAGGGGCGGUGCGAGUCCGGGUGCGGCUGCCCGCGGCUCGCGUGGCGAAGCUGCUCCAGGAGAGCGCCGACGGAACGGAGGCGGCGGAGCGGAUCGUGGAGCUUUAUUUGGCGGAGAAGUCACCGCCCGCAAGGAAGGAGAGACGAACCAGAUUCAUGCCUGUGGUGGAUGAGACAAGAAGGCGACAGGGUUCGGAGGACAGGAUGUAAGAGGACAAGCAGCAGAGUGUUAGGUUAAUGUUGUGUACAUAAUGGUGUGACAAACAUAUAAUGUUACCUGUGACAUUUCCUUCUGUUCUUGACCAUCCCUUUUGCACAGACAUAUUAUUUCGUGCAUAUCAUAUGCAAACUUUGUAAAGAUAUAUAUAUAUAUAUAUAUAUAUAUAUAUAUUCGUAUUUA